CCAAACGGCUCCAUCCUCCCUGACACUUGUUGCCGUUUGGCCCGCGCAGCACCGGCAGAGGCCCCCUGAACCGCUCCAGCAUUUCCUCCAGGGAUUCCCUCCCUUUCCCGCGGGGAGUGAUGAACUCCAUCGACCCUCAGUCCCAUCACCUGCACCAGCACCACGCCUCCCCUACCGUCGGCUCUCUGCCCCCCAAGGGCGCCCAGGAGGCCCCCGCCGACAUGGCCGCCGUGUACUGCGACAACCUGAGCAGCAUGUACCACCAGCAGAGCCUCCAGGGCGCGCAGAGACCCGCCGGCUACGGCCUCGGGGACUACGCGUCGUCCCCGAACCCGUACCUGUGGAUCAACGGGCCGGGCGUCAACUCGUCCGCCUCCUACCUGCACGGCAACAACACGGCGUCGUUCAUCCCGCCCUCCUACGGCGCGCAGCGGCAGUUCCUGAGCAACUCACCUGGCUUCGGGGGGCCCGACCUCGGCUGGCUGUCCAUCGCCAGCCAGGAGGAGCUGCUGAAGCUGGUGCGCCCGCCCUACUCGUACUCCGCGCUCAUCGCCAUGGCCAUCCAGAACGCGCACGAGAAGAAGCUGACCCUGAGUCAGAUCUACCAGUACGUCGCCGACAAUUUCCCCUUCUACAAGAAGAGCAAAGCCGGCUGGCAGAACUCAAUCCGGCACAACUUGUCUCUGAACGACUGCUUCAAGAAGGUGCCGAGGGACGAGGACGACCCAGGAAAAGGAAACUACUGGACGUUGGACCCAAACUGUGAAAAGAUGUUUGACAACGGAAACUUCCGCAGAAAAAGGAAAAGACGUUCGGAUCCGAGCGGCGUGGGGGGAGCGGCGGCAGCGGGGGCCACAAAAGUGGAGGACGGCAGGCCGGCGGCGGCGGCGGCCUCGUUGAAGCCCCCGGACAGUCCUCAGCUCCUGGGGCCGCCCUCGCCGGGGAUGGAGGCCAUGGCCGAGAACCACAAGAGCUCGUCGCCGUCCUCGCCGCCCGGCCCGGCGCCUUGCUUCAACAACUUUUACAGCAGCAUGUCCACGCUCAGCUCGGGGGCCCCCGGCCGCCAGGGGCCCCUGGGGCUGGUGAACGAGCUGUCGAACAGGAACAUUACGGCCCUGAGCCCGUACCACCUGAACCACGGCGGCGGGCAGGACGCCGCCGGCCCCCCGGAGCACGGCGAGGGCCUGCAUUUCAACCGCGGAGUGUACUACAACGCGUUCGGCGGCGGGCAGAGCGGACAGUUCAACGGCCACUUCUACAACAGCUUCAGCGUGAACAGCCUGAUCUACCCCCGGGAGGGGGCCGAGCUGUAG